AUGGUUUUCACUUCACUAUACUCGCUCUGUGGCGCUGGCUUCGCCCUGCUUCAGUUGCUGGCUCCAGUCACAGCACGUCCAGUAGCACGGUCUACAAGCUCUUCCACAUUACUAGCUCUUCAGUUCGCCAACGUGUUGGAGCAGCUCGAGUCCACUUUUUAUGCACAGGCUCUUCAAAAAUUCAAUCAGUCAGAUUUCACGGCGGCAGGCUUUGCUUCGGCCCAGAUUCCCUUGCAACAGUUUCAGGCUAUCUUCAAAGAUGAGGCCACUCACACAACUACAUUACAGUCGGCUAUUAAUUCGUUGGGCGGCAAAACAGUGUCAAACUGUACAUUCAACGUUGCUUCCUUGCUCACAGACGUACCCACUAUGGUGGCGGCAGCGAGACUCGUCGAAAAUGUUGGUGUGAGCGCCUACCUUGGUGCCCUAACCUUGAUCAACGACACGGUCCUCUCCACCGCAGCUGCCACCAUUAUGACGGUUGAAGCGCGUCACCAAACCAUUCUCAAUGUGCUGGCAGGGGCCACCGCGAUACCUCAGGCAUUCGAUGUCGCUCUGAAUCCAUCUGAGAUUCUUGCAUUGACAGGGGGGUUAAUUUCUGGAUGCAAUCUUGGAAUCCCAGCGAAUGUUCCGCUCCGAGUGAAUAAUUCUGGUUCCAUUCAAGCAGGAACAAAGUUGACCUUUACCUCGGCUGCACUGAACGGAACUAUUCCGGUAGGGGAACUGUCCUGUCAAUUCCUCGCCGGCGGCUUCCCUGUUGCCAUCUCACAACCACUAUCUAACUGCAGCGUCCCGGCGAACGUAACUGGUCCUCUGUUGGUGUUUGUGACCAACAGUAGUCAGCCCCUCGCGAAUAACAUUCGCGAUGCUGCGACUAGCACCAUCGUUGCAGGUCCGACGCUCAUCUUCAUCGACAAUCAACAGGAUGCGCUGGCGAUCGCAGCACGUCCUGGUCUCAACUCCACUGUGGCCCCUAGUGGCACCUCAAAUCCUAUAACGUCUUCCACGACAAUCACUUUGACUCAAGUCACUUCGAGCAGAGCUAUGAGUAGUACCGUCACUUCAACCAAGACGUCUACUUUGACUCUAGCCACUUCGAGCAAAGCUAUGAGUGGUACCGUCACUUUAACCAUGGCGUCUACUUCGACUCCAGCCACUCAGAGCAGAGCUGUCACUUCAACCGUGACGAUAGUUCCCACCACAAUCAGCAAUGGUUGGACGGCUGUAACCACAACGAUCUCGCCAUCUGAAGCUAGUGGUAUUCUCGCGAGUGCUGUGCCAUCUAUGAGCUCGGGAUAA